AUGCGCUUCCUCGUUUGUCUCGCUGCUGCGCUGCCUCUCGCGCUAGGCGCAGAGCUAUCGACUGUCGUUCAAAACCUGCACCCAAGCAAGAGGGCGCCUCGAGCAGGGCAAUCGACCUGCGAUGGAGAACUGAUAUUGCACCUUGACUUCCGCAAGGACGCACCUGCCUUUGAACUAUCCGCGAGGCUCCGUCGGGACAGCCCGAUUCCACAGGAAACCACGUUUUGGUCUGGUCCCGGUGUUAGCAUUACGUUGAACAUGGGGCGGCCGGGGAAGCUCAAAGGAAAAUUGAAACUCGUGUUAGUAAAACCGCAGCACCAUAAUGUGCCGGAUAAUCUACAGACAAUGCAGAUACCUGUUCAAAGCAUCUACAUGACUUGCUCUGAUGGGAAUAAUUUUUAUCGCCUCAAGGUACUCGGACAAACCACUCUGAAGCCGGGAAAACUCGUCAGAAGCAGCCAAAACCGUUACUACGAGCUUGAGACGAUAGACAUAGCUAGAGUUCCCUUGGAGCAGAGUCGAUGUACCGACGUACAGAGAGUAACUGGUACUCUUUCUAUAUCUGACAAAUGGUGGGCCGGAACUUCAAACGAGGUCCAUAUCCGUGUUGGCAACCAAGACGUACUGGUAGCCAAGGGCUUCAGCCGCGAUAACAAGCUUCCUUUUGAAGUGAAGGACUUGGAUCGAACUACCUUGAAAGACCUCAGCCGCAUUUUGGUUCUUCUCAGAGGAGACUCCGACGACGCAGCGCUAAUUGAAGGUAUUACGACUCCGUCUUUAUCACUCUACUUGCUCUUACAAUAA